CAAGGAAGCUCAUACGGCACAUCUGAGCCAUUGGGGGCCUUUUUCGUAUUCGAGCCCGAGGAAAACAUUGAGAAAGAGACGCGUCUAUGUCACGCGUGAGUCGUGACGCUACGCGAAACUUCCUUCAUAAGAGUAACAAUGUUCUCUUGUCCGGCGCGGGCACCUCUUCCAAAAUUUAUUCAUUGUUAUAAAACGUACUUUCCUUGUCGCUAUGCUUCGUCCUCGCCCGUCGUCGACACUUCAAGCAUGCUCCCUCCACCACGGCUGGACUACCGCAGCAUCUCCGAAAAUUUUGUAUACAAAUCCACGAAUGCUAUCAAUCGAAAGGCACCUCUCCCUGCAGACGCUAUACAAAAAGUCUCUCGACUGCAUAAAGAAUUCAAGAGCGCAUCCAGCUUGCUGAACGAGAAACGAAAUGCUCGUUCGAUGAUAGGCGAAACAAUUCGCAGUAGUGCAUGUCGGAAUGAUACUGAAGCUAAAGAAAAUGCGCUGAAGGAAGGGAAGGCCUUGAAAGAGGAAAUUGCAGAGAUGGAAACUACAUGUUCACAUUUGGAAAGCGAGCUUCUCGAGCUGGCACUAGCGAUACCCAACGAUACCCAUCCUUCCUCACCUCUUGGACCUGAAUCAGCUGCUAUCACUUUAGCGACCCAAGGACCAGCCUGUUUACCCGUAUCGUCUGCGAGGGAUCAUCUAGUAGUCGCGAAGAAACUGAAGCUGGUUGACAUGGAAAAUGCUUCAAAUGUUUCUGGAACAUCCUGGUACUUCCUCAUGAAUGAAGGUGCUCUCCUUGAGCUUGCUCUCACAAAUUAUGCCAUGUCUGUGGCCAUACGGCAUGGCUUCCAGCCUGUCACAACCCCGGACGUUGUACGCUCAGACAUUGCACGAAGAUGUGGUUUCCAGCCCAGAGACCCGUCGCAUCCGCACCAUACACAAUCUUACCAUCUUCAUUCCACCUCACCGUCCACACCAGAACUCAUCCUUGCGGGUACAGCUGAGAUACCACUUGCAGGAAUGUUUGCUGAUCGGCUGUUUCCCUCGAAAGCUCUACCACAAAAGAUUGUUGGUGUUGGACAUGCCUUCCGAGCGGAAGCUGGUGCUCGAGGUGCUGAAGCUCGAGGGCUUUACCGCGUUCAUCAGUUCACUAAAGUUGAAUUAUUCGCCGUGACCAUAGCCGAGGAGAGCGAGAACAUGAUGGAGGAAAUACGACAGGUUCAGGAUUCAAUUCUUAGAGAAUUAGAUCUUCCCGUACGAACACUCGAUAUGCCAACUGAGGAACUUGGAGCUAGUGCCUAUCGCAAAUACGACAUGGAGGUUUGGAUGCCCGGGCGCGGCGGUUGGGGGGAGGUCUCCUCUUUGUCAAAUUGUACGGAUUACCAAGCGCGUCGUUUGCACAUUCGGCACCACCUCGAAGCAAGUAAACAAAAUGUUUUUGCACAUACACUAAACGGAACUGCCGCCGCCAUUCCACGCUUGAUAGUCGCCUUGAUUGAGAAUGGGGUAGAAUUUGACGAAGCGGGAGAACCUGUUUCGAUAACAUUACCAGCAGUAUUGAAACCGUACUGGCUAGGGACCGGAUCUCGAAACACAGUUGUGAAGUGGAAAUCUUGAAGAGUGGAUAAAAGUAUAAUUGCGCAGUUCAAGACUUACAUAUAUAUAUACAAUCUUGAUUAUAGAUACAGUAUAUUCCCCUCAGUCCGCAAAAGGAUCAGCAAAAGGAUCGUCGAUAGAUGCC